AUGGCUGGCCAGCUUGCCAAAUUGUUGACUGCACAAUUGCGCCAAAACACAAGAUCAUUCAACAAUCACACACCAAAGGUAAUGUCGGCUGCACAGGGAAAACGGGGUGCCUUUAUCGUGCUGGAAGGAUGUGACCGAACCGGUAAAACUUCGCAGUGCAAAACACUCGUUGCUGAACUGGUGCAGGCGAAUGUUCAGGCACAGUACAUGAACUUUCCGGACAGGUCGACACAGUGUGGCCAGCUGAUAAAUGGGUAUCUGACGCGUAAAGAUGAUUUCACGGACGAGGGCAUUCAUCUGCUGUUUACGCUGAAUCGAUGGGAAAGGAUGAAGGAAAUGGAGAAGCUUCUUAAAAGCGGCGUUAGUCUUAUCGUCGAUCGGUACUCAUACUCGGGUGUUGCGUUCAGCAGUGCGAAGGGUCUUGAUAUGGAGUGGUGCAAAGCGCCCGAGUCUGGACUUCUAAAGCCGGACCUCGUAAUACUGCUUACCUUGUCCACUGAAGCACUGGCCAGGCGGGGUGGAUUCGGAGACGAACGGUAUGAAGUCCCAGCGUUUCAGAAGAAAGUGAUCGAAAAGUAUUCAAUGCUGAAGGAUGAUCGAUACUGGAAAGCGAUAGAUGCAGAUAAAACGUUCGAUGAUCUUACGGCCUGUCUGUACGAAGAAGUGGUACGCACGAUUGAGAAUGCUGGUGACAAACCUUUGGAGAAAUUGUGGUAA